AUGCCUCACAACGUCCUUGUUACUGGAGCCGCUGGCUACAUCGGUGGCUCUAUCAUCGCUGAUAUCCUUUCCCGUACCGAUGAAACGCUGAAGGGCAUCAACAUUUUUGCGGCCGCUCGAACCCAAGAUCAGGUCGAUAAGAUAUCGAAACUCGACAGAGUCCAUGCCUUCUUAGUCGACCUCCAAGAUAAGCCUGCCGUGGAAUAUGCAAUUGCGAAAUAUGAGAUCGACAUCGUCAUCCAUGCAGCUGGAGCCAUUUUCCCAGACAUGUUGUCGAACCUGCUCAGUGGUCUUGGAGACCGCCGCCGAGCUACCGGCAACAAGACAUACCUGUCUUCAGUCGCGUCCAUGUUCACUGAGGAAGGUGGAUGGCCUUUCGGAAAGGUCAAAGACUCUGAUCCCCUCAUCGAUAGGCAGAGGGAGCUUGGCCUUGACAACCCUGUUCGAAAGACAAACAUUGUUCUUGCAGAUGAAGGAAAGGCCCAGGGCGUUGAGACUUUCAACAUUCCCAUCCAGCUUACUUAUGGACGUGGAACUGGCGAGUGCAGAAAGCUCUCUGUCAAUAUUCCUGCUUUGAUUCGGACAAGCAUCAAAUUGAGGACGGUCCAUAAGUUCGAUGUGGACUCGACUCCUGGAAAUGUGCAUAUCUCCGAUCUUACGGAUCUGUAUAUUCUUAUCCUCAACAAGAUCCUGAAAGAGGAGCCUAUCGCUGUUGGAACUGAGAGAUACUUCUUCUCAGUUGCUCAUCGCGUCAGCUGGUGGAAGAUCAUGGAUAAGAUUGCCGAGGGUCUCUAUGCCCGUGGUCUGGUCGACGAGCCAACACCAAAGAUUUGGCCCAAUUACGACGUGGCAGCUGAUGCCCUAGGAUUUCCACGAAGAUUCAUUCGUCCCAUGUGUAUGCCCAAUGGCGAUCUCGAGCCGGCGAAUGGGAUCGCACUGGGUUGGAGGCCCAAACAGGACAACGAGCAGAACUGUCUGGACCAGAUUGAACAAGAGAUCAAGGAUGUUGAGGAGCUGGAUACUGUCAGAAUGGGACUUUUUGAUACUCUUAUCGCCGAACAGAAACAGUAG